GCGAAGCUUCGGCGUAAAAAGGUUAUCCUGCGUUCUAACGAGGUCAUGUUUACAUACCGAAAACUCCCAGAUCCUAACCAUGUCUUAAGGGCCCCUCAAGUGAGGCAAGUUUUAUUGAGUUUUGUACUUGCUUAG